CUCCCGGUCAUCCUGGUUAGUGAAUUUAGCGAGAAAAAAUUUGUUCCCCAAAUCAACAAACACUAAAUCUCAUUAUCUUCCAAAGCAUCUAAAGCCUUUUUAGAAGAAAAGUAUACCCUACUUUUCUUUCCAUAACCUUGAUGAUUAAACAUGAUCUCCAAGGUUUCCUGAUCCUACAUUUCUCCUUUGUAGAUAAUCAGAUUAACGAACAGUCUAGUUUAUUUUCCUCUUCAUGCUUCUCCUUAUCGGAUAUGUAAUCUUCAACUUGUCCCUCCUCCAUGGACACAAGAUUGAUUAAAAAAUUAACUUCCCAUAAGGGAGUCUCUGUAGAUGAUUCCAGUCCGAGCAUUUUUUGUGUUGGAAGCCAUUUUUACAUAAGAGAUUUCUUCAUUACGGUUAUUGUUUGUCCCGACUUUGAUUUUCUUGUUUGAUCUCGAUCAUAAAUCAGCUUCCUCAUUGUUUUUUUUUCCCACAUACUCCUAUGUAGAAUUGUUUUUCCACGGACUCCAUUUUCUCGUACGGGAAUUAAUGUUGUUAGCUUUCACUAAAGCCAAAAACAAAUGCGAACGAGUCACACUCAGCUUUGACAAUGUUAAAGCAGAGUGAUCAAACAAUCGAGUAGCAGUGAUAUCGAGAGUGGAGAGAGAGAGAGACACGGUUACUCAAACCCCAUAGUUUUCGAAGUAGUUAAUGAAGCACUUUGCAUUUAAUUGGGUGUUGAGAAAUACAAAAUCAUCAUGAACUUCUCCAGCUAAAUUGUCGUCUUGCUCCUUAUUACCCAUAUAAAUACCGGUAGAAGACAGCUCGGUUGGUCAUCAAGAGUGAAACAAGAUUAUAUUCGUUGCUAAGAAAAUGAUGCCAAUCAUGAGAGUUCUAGCCUUUCAAAUUUCAAGGUUUCUAUUAUUUGGUGGUUUCCUAUGUUGCCAAGCUAUAGUUCAUCAUACUUUUGUGGUAAAAGAUGUUCCAUACACAAGACUCUGCAGCACCAAGAACAUAAUGACCGUCAAUGGACAGUUUCCUGGCCCGACACUAUACGUUACUAAAGGAGAAACCAUCAUCGUGGAUGUUAUUAACAAGAGCCCUCAUAACAUCACCAUUCACUGGCAUGGAGUGAAACAGCCAAAAUAUCCAUGGUCAGAUGGUCCUGAAUAUAUCACACAGUGUCCAAUUCAACCAGGAGGAAAAUUCAGUCAGAGGGUCAUAUUCUCUGAAGAAGAAGGAACGUUAUGGUGGCAUGCUCACAGUGACUGGACACGAGCAACUGUUUAUGGUGCGAUUGUCAUAUAUCCCAACGAAGGAACCAAAUAUCCUUUCCUUGCGCCUCAUGCAGACGUGCCGAUUAUUUUAGGAGAGUGGUGGAAGAAGGACAUAUUUGAUAUUUUUGAUCAAUUCCGUGCCUCGGGAGCAGACCCCAAUGUCUCUGAUGCUUACACGAUCAAUGGUCAACCCGGUGAUCUUUAUCCUUGCUCAAAAUCAGAUACAUUCAAGCUAUCGGUGGACUAUGGCAAGACUUACCUUCUUCGCCUAAUUAACGCUGCCCUUCAAGACAUUCUCUUUUUCUCCAUCACUGAUCAUCAAGUCACGGUAGUUGGCACAGAUGCCGGCUACACUAAACCACUGAAAGUUGAUUAUGUAGCAAUAUCACCUGGCCAAACCAUUGAUGUUUUAUUAGAAGCAAACCAACCACUAGACCACUAUUACAUGGCUGCCAAAGUUUACUCUAGUGCCAAUGGUGUGCAAUAUGACAACACAACAACCACAGCCAUUGUCCAGUACAAUGGCAACUACACUCCAUCCUCCACUUCCUCAUUGCCAUACCUUUUUUAUUUUAAUGACACAACUGCACUGGUUAAUUUCACUGGCCGUCUUAGAAGCUUAGCUGAUAAUAAUCAUCCAAUUCAUGUCCCCUUGAGCAUAAGCACUACAUUAUUUUUCACUGUUUCUGUUAACAGAUUUACGUGUGCAAACACUUCUUGUGGGGCGACUCAGUCUAGACUAGCUGCUAGUGUGAACAACAUAAGCUUUCAGACACCUACACGUAUGGAUAUACUAAGAGCUUAUUAUAAUCAAAUCAAUGGUGUUUACGGUGAUCACUUUCCUGAUAUACCACCACUGUUCUUCAAUUUCACUGCGGAUUCUAUCCCAUUGAUUUAUGAGACACCAUCAAAAGGUACAGAAGUGAAAGUGCUCGAGUAUAACUCGACGGUGGAGAUUGUUUUUCAGGGGACAAAUGUGGCUGCUGGCACUGAUCAUCCCAUGCACAUACAUGGAACAAGCUUCUAUGUUGUUGGUUGGGGAUUUGGUAACUUCGACAAGGAUAAAGACCCUUUGAGAUACAAUCUUGUUGACCCUCCUCUUCAAAAUACCAUUGCUGUUCCCAAAAAUGGCUGGUCUGUCAUAAGAUUCAAGGCUACCAAUCCUGGAGUAUGGUUCAUGCACUGCCAUCUGGAGCGUCAUCUGUCAUGGGGUAUGGAGAUGACAUUCAUAAUCAAGAACGGUCGAGGCAAAAAAGCCCAAAUGCUACCACCACCUCCCUAUAUGCCACCGUGUUAAAUGCUUCUUGUUUGUUUAGCAUAUGUUAUGUCAAUUAUUUGGUGGCAUUAUUUAUUAUUGUAUGAUUUGCAAGAAUAUUGUAACCCUAGUUCUGCUAUUUUGCUGUAAAGCUGGGAAAUAUCCUAGGUGCAUGUAGGUUUUGGUUA